GAUCCCAUGAUCUAACUGGAGAGCCAAGAUUAACAUACAUGAAAAUGAUAUCCAACAAUAUAAAAUAGUGAAUGGUGCUAAGGUCCCUGGACCAGGAGGCUGGAGGUGUGAGGAAAAGGAAGAACUUCAAGCAACAUGGAUGUGGGCACCAAAGAGGCCCUGAUGGAGAGUGCACUGCCACCCCCGGACUACUCUGCCACCCCUCAAGGAAGGUUUAAAAUCCCCUGCUGCCCUCUGCCCCUCAAGCGGCUGCUCAUCAUCGUGGUGGUUGUGGUUUUGGUGGUGGUCGUUAUAGUAGGGGCCCUGCUCAUGGGGCUUCAUAUGAGUCAGAAACACACGGAGAUGGUCCUGGAGAUGAGCAUGGGGGGGUCAGACAUCCAGCAGCGCCUGGCCCUCAACAGGCACGAGGGAGCCAUCUCAACCUUCUCCAUUGGUUCUUCUGGCACUGUGGUGUAUGAUUACUAUCGGCUCUUAAUUGCGUAUAAGCCUGCCCUGGGUGCCACCUGUUACUUCACUCAAAUGGCUCCCGAGGAUAUCCCCAGCCUUGAUGUUAUCACCCGAAAAUUUCAGAAUCAUUUGGCUAAACCUUCUUUGCCCACUGCUAACCUGGAUCAGGAGGAGGACUCCCAUGCCAGCUCAGAGUCCCAGGUGGACCCUGCCUUCCUGGGUACUACUAUGAACGUUCUUUGUGGUGAAGUGCCUGCAUACUACAUUUAAGGACCAUCCGGUUCUGAGCUGCCAAGGGGCCAGAAGAAGAGCUCCUGCCUGGCUGGUUCCCGAUUUUGAAGAAGGUUAUAGUUUGCAAGGAGAGAAAAGGAGAGGGAAGGACGGUGUGGAGUGAGGGGAAGAAGCAUGUUUGGUGGGUGGGGCUGCUUCUGCUACAAAAAGAAUAAAAUUACUCUAUGAGCUCUUUGAAAAGCUCUUUCUCAUGAAAAA